AUGGCAGAAUACACCGUUCCCUGCAAAGGCAUCGUCGCCUACUCCCAGACAGAAUGGAAGUGGGAGGAUUUGCUAACUCGCGAGCCGCUCGAGGACGAGUUUAUGAUCGAGAUGAUCGCGACUGGAGUGUGCCAUACUGAUAUUUCAGGUUAUGGCGGUAUUUAUCCUCGUGUGUUGGGCCACGAAGGUGCUGGCCGAGUUGUACGGCUGGGAAGCCCAAAGCAGAGCUCAUCUUACAAGGAAGGCGACCUUGUCAUUUUGUCAGCGGCAGCAUGUCUUAACUGUCAUUACUGCAACACUGGUCACCCUGCGUACUGCGUACAGCACGCCGCUUUAACGCUGGCCGCGAAUGAACCCAACUUCGUCCUAGCAUCGGAUAAGACCAAAGUCAUCGGAGGAGGAUACUUCGGUCAAUCCAGCUUCGCAACAUUGGUACCGGUCAAGACCUCUUGUGCAGCGAACGUGACGAAACUGGUCCGAGAUGCGGAGGAGUUGAAGCUGUAUGCUCCGCUGGGGUGUGGCAUCAUGACCGGAGCGGGUGCUUUCACACACGUUGGGAAAUGUCAGCCUGAUGAUGUGGUGGCCAUCGUUGGCCUUGGUGGCGUUGGACUGGCUGGAGUUUGCGCGGGGAAGCAUCUGGGCGUGAAGAACAUAAUCGCCGCAGAUUUGGUCCCGUCGCGGAUCGAGCUCGCCAAAGAAUUAGGCGCUACGAUUGGACUUCACUCAGCGCCAGACAAGCUCAAUGGGAAAGAUCUUUCCGCAGCGAUCAAAGAGCUGACCCCUGGAGGACUUGGCUGCACUCACAUCCUCGACAGUACACCAUCAGUCGCCAUCAUGUCACAAUGCCUGGAAUCGAUUCAAAAGAACGGGACGGUGCUUCAAGUGGGUGUCAAGCCGGUUGGAGCAAAGAUCGAACUGGAUACUUUGACACAUAUGGUUAAUGGAAGGCGGCUAGUUGGUGUUAUCGAAGGCGAUCGGGAUCCUGCGGAGGCUCUGCCAGAGUUGGUCCAAUGGAGCAAAGACGGGACACUUCCCAUGAACAAGCUGCUAAAGGAAUAUCCUGCGAAGGAAUUUGACGCCGCGAAACAUGUGAUGGAAGAUGGUAGCGUUAUCAAGAGCGUUCUGGUCUGGUAG